UUUAUUACCUUUGAACUCUCAGCGGCUCUUGGUCCGCCUGUUUGUUUGGUUAUUUAUUUGUUUUUGGAAGAAAUUUACGACACAAACGGCAAAAUAAAUGAAACCAGAGUUGGAAAAUAUUAAUCUGACGCUAGCUACUGUUAGCCGUUAGCUUACUGCUCCUGCAGGGAAGUUAAAUGAACAAGAAGUUAUAUUUAUUUACUGUAAUUAAAUAAGACUUUUUUUAUAAUGCGGCUCUGUUCUCCCAGGUCAGCCUUUCCUGAACCAGACUCCGUUCAUUAAAACGCAGAUUUAAGCGGCGGAGCGCUGCGUCACAAGCAAAGAUCUGAAAGUUAAAAUUAGAUUUAUGAAACUAUCUGGAUAAAGUUAAAGGAAGCAUGUUGACAUUACUGAGAUCAGAUGAUCCUGGUGAGCUCUGGUGUUCAGAAUCUGGAUCAUGGCGGUGCAGGUGACCGAGUCCGACCAGAUCAAACAGUUUAAGGAGUUUCUGGGGACGUACAACAAAGUGACAGAGAACUGCUUCAUGGACUGUGUGAAGGACUUCACCACCCGAGAGGUGAAGCCCGACGAGUCGAGCUGCUCCGAGUCGUGUCUGCAGAAAUAUCUGAAGAUGACUCAGCGGAUCUCGAUGCGGUUCCAGGAGUACCACAUCCAGCAGAACGAGGCUCUGGCUGCUAAAGCAGGCCUGCUGGGCCAGCCCCGCUGACCUGGUCCCACCAGGUCCACUCAGUCCACUCAGUCCCAGCAAGUCCAGGAUCAGCUCACUGCAUGAAUAAAGACUCUGAACUGUUUGAGCUGAAGCUCUGCCCCCAGCAGGACGCUGUCAGCUGAUCUGCCUCAAAGCAUCAUGGGAGACUUAGUUAAAACAGGAACUAACGGUGGAACUGUCCUUUAAUUUCUGUAUUUAGUGUUUGUUAUAUUUUUUAUUAAACAAAUAAUUAACCUGUUUUUUUUUCUUCAUGUGUGGAAAUAAAAUGCUGCCAGAAAAA